AUGUAGAGAUGGCAAAAUCAGUCGAGACAUUUAAAAAAAAUAAUUUUAUUUUAAUUUAUGAUGUCUGGGUUUUUCUAACCUAACUAUGAUUUCGAUUAAAAGAUCUAAACACUGAUUCCAAUGCUAAAGAUAAAUCAACUAAAUUAUAUUUAGAAAAUAAAAUAAAGUAAUUUAAAAGAGUAGAAGAAUUUGUUGAGGAAUCAUGGAUUAAUUAAUAAAUAUUAUAAGUAUUAUAUUAAAUAUUUUAUCUAGCUACUUUUGUUAUAACUCAUUCUCUCUUUGGUCUACUUACAGGA